UUCAGCAGCAGAGGGCUGCAAGUGUCCUUUCUGUUUUAUACACUUCUGCAUGUUUGUAUCCUGUAAAGAUUUAACUGAAUCGGUUUUUGCUCUGUUUAUUCACCCGACGGUGUCUUAAACAUUUCUUAGUGUUAACGAAUGUUACUGAGCGUUUAGACACACUUACUAACAGGUAACUUACUGAAUGCCACUUACUAUCAGGUGCUUUAGCCAGGUGAAUGUUGGGACUUCGAGCCCUGUUUGGAAUCGGUCUUCUUGUGACAUCACGAGGAGGCUCUGUCCUGACACAUACAGGAGCAUGUGCACGUGUUGCCAGUAACAUCUACACUAAAGGUCUCGCUCAUAGACAGGCUUUCACUAUGGCCAAUACUAUUAAGUACCUGGGACAAGAAGAGGCUCAGCACAUUGACGAGGAGCUGUUUAAUGAGUACAGCUUCAGUGUGGAUCAGUUAAUGGAGCUGGCCGGGCUUAGCUGUGCCACAGCCGUGUCAAAGGGCUAUCCUCUACAAUCACUGCUCAAGAGUCCACCCAGAGUUCUGGUGAUCUGUGGCCCUGGAAAUAAUGGAGGAGAUGGCUUGGUUUGUGCUAGACAUCUCAAACUGUUUGGAUAUGAGCCAUCUGUAUUGUACCCGAAGCGCCCCAACAAACAGCUCUUUCAGAAUCUUACCACCCAGUGUGAGAAGAUGGAUAUAUCCUUCCUGACAGAGAUGCCCGAGGCUGAUGUGAUUGAUGAAGCUUAUAACUUGGUGGUGGACGCCAUCUUUGGAUUCAGUUUUAAGGGUGCGGUGCGAGAGCCAUUCGAUGACAUUCUCUCCAAACUAAAGAAAAUCACUGUGCCCAUUGCUAGUGUCGACAUACCUUCAGGCUGGGAUGUGGAGAAAGGCUCUCCUGAUGGGAUUCAGCCUGAUAUGCUCAUCUCCCUCACAGCCCCAAAGAAGGCAGCCAAUCUCUUCAAAGGACGCCAUCACUUCCUGGGAGGACGGUUCGUUCCUCCUGCACUUGAACAGAAGUACCAGCUGAAUCUGCCUCAAUACCCAGGCACUGACUGUGUGUAUCAGCUGAACUGAACAUUAGGCCUUCAUGUCACUUUUGUGUAAGUAAUCCAAAAAAAAAAAAACUGGAAUGAAUAUACUGAUGGGUAAUAACUGUAUGGUUGACCACUCUGAAUACUUCUGCUUUUCUUUUAUUGGGUACAUAUGGGCUCGGUGAUUAAUCAGCAUCAAUCAAUAAUUGUUUAUGAUGAUGUUUAAAGAUAUUGACUAUUUAUUGCCAAGAACCAGUCUGAUUAGUUAAGGAUUUAUAAAACCUCAAAAUAAAAUAAUGGUUUUUGAUGAUUUUUGAAUUUAGUGACUAAGCCUGAAUAAUUACUGUAAUAUUGUUUUGUUUAAAUAUAUUAUGGUUACAUAUCUAUGUAUGGAAAUAUGUAACAUUUGACCUGAAAUAAAAACAUUAUGCUGACA